UUUCGCGCGUUCAGCUUUUCGGUGAUCGAUAGCGCGCGUUUUGAAAAGUUUAUUUCGGGAGCGUAAAGUUUGUCGAGUGGAGUGCGCGCCGAAUGCACUUUGCGGGGCUGCGAGUGGCCGCCGACGGGCGCGCGGCGCCGUUGUGUCGCUCUUCCUUACCUACUCUCGGCCCUCGAUAAAAACAACAAACAGAUUAAUCGACCUGACCGUGCAAUUUAUUCUGUUGCUAAUCUCGUGCGACUCCUUACGUCGCGGGCGACAAUAAUAAUCGGGAUUCAGCCGUAAAGUUUUGUUGUAAUUUACGAAAUUGGCGAUAAGAUAAGAGUCACUAUAUUAAUAGGCAGAAAUAAAAUUGUAGGAUCGCAUGUAACGGUGAUAUUAACUGUGAACGCUUCAAAGUCGCCUGCUUUUUCUUGUUGAUCUAUUUCAGAAAUUAAUAACGGUCAAAGCGUAGAUAAACGAAAAAUUAAAUUUCAACAAGUCGCGUUUUACAAAAAUAAAUCACCAUGACUGGUGUGAUGGUGACCAGGACAAAGAAAAUCUUCGUAGGAGGGCUAUCAGCACCCACAACGCUGGAAGAUGUCAAGAAUUAUUUCGAACAAUAUGGACCGAUUGAAGACGCAAUGCUCAUGUUCGACAAACAGACCAACAGGCACAGAGGUUUCGGUUUCGUCACGUUUCAAAGUGAAGACAUAGUAGACAAAGUUUGCGAAAUACAUUUUCACGAAAUCAACAACAAAAUGGUGGAAUGCAAAAAGGCACAACCGAAAGAAGUAAUGCUUCCAGCGAAUCUGGCGAAGACGAGAGCCGCCGGACGCGGCGCCUACGAUUUCAUGUGGUCAUUGGGUGCUCUUCCUGACGGUUUUCCCGCAGCAUACGCCGCCUACGCGGCAGGACGUAGCUAUUCGGGCUAUCCUAGCUUCGGGCUACCAUAUCCUGCAGUGGACCUGACCAACGGCCAACUCACACCGAAUAACAACACACCGCUCCUCGCGCAAGCGCUCUCAGUGAUGAACAACUACCAAGCGGCAGCAGCCGGCUUCGGACCACCAGCGUCGCCGCACACGGCCGGCGGUAGAGCGGGGUUUCCCGCCGCUAGCUCGCCGGGCCCGGCCCUGGACGUGUACGGCUCCGCAGCGGACAGCGUCGGCUACGUGCAGGCCGCCAGCCCCCAGCCCUCUGGAUUCCCAGCCAUCGCUGUAAGCCGCGCGCCCCUUAACUACACCCCGGGACCCCUGAUUCCUGCGGCUUUCACCAACGGUUAUCAUUGAAAGUGUAAUAGCACAAAUAUUUACGUGGCGAGCGGCGUGGCGGCGCGUCUCGUGGCGAACCAGCUGUCAGCCGAGCCUGCAUCCCCGCCGUCUCCUCGCCGCAAGCGCCGCGGCCGCGCGCCGCACGCGCACGUCGCGCCACGCGCCACAACGGCGACGGUGAUCCAAUCCGUCCGGCCACCGCGCGGACCGAUCCGUCGACCGCGGCAUCUCAAUCUCAUACCCAACUCUCCACUCCGACCCCCUCCCCCUCCCGCUCCCGAUCCACAUCCCCCUCCGCGACCCCCGGCCCCCGACCCCUCCGCACCCACGCCCCUCGACACACCCUAUUGUAAAUAAUCUACUUUUUGUCGUGUGAACGAGAGAUAGUUUAUCGAUUAAACAGGUAUUUUUUCAAAAAAUUCUCGCUUCGACUGUAUCGUAGAUGUGUUGUCAAUAAAUAAUUAAACUAAAAAAUACAUUUCAUAAGAUAAAAGCAUCUAGACGGUUUAAUUGCAGGGAGGUGUAUCUUUAAAUAUUUUAUUAUUCAUAGUUAAAUUACAGUUAAGGUAACUUGCAUGUCUAUCCCUCGACGCGCGAGACUUUUGGUUCGUUAGAUAGCGACAAUCCAUCGGCAUGUACGAUCCGUGCCUAUCCUUCGAAUUUGAAUUUCGUGCUCUAACAUUUUCUGUAGGAAGUUUACGAUAACAAUAAGAUUUUUCAGUGUUUAUAGGGUUUCGGGCAGAGUUCGGCGCGUAUCUGUAAUAGCAAUAAUGUAACCCUUUCUCCGUGUUCCGCGUGAAGAGUUGACUUGGUAGAUAGCGGUAUAGGUCGGUAAGGACGGUCUGGGGCUCCGGGCGAGUCGCCGAGGCGCGGCUCCGCUCGCCGCCCGCGCCGCCGCCGGCCGGAGACAAUAACGCGCUCGCCGCGCCGCCACCAUCCUCGCUCGUCCACCGACACAUAUUUUAUUCUAUUUUUAAUAAUAAAUUCAAAUAUUAAAGUAAUUACUAUACUACUAUAUUGCGCAUAUUUUAUCUAUAAAUGUAAUUAUUUUCGCCUAAUUCGAAUUGUAUAAAAUCACCUCUUUGCAUCGAUGUUCUGUUUUGUAGCUGAAGUUUCUCGAUUACUUCCCUAUAAGACUACGUUAGUUAUUCGUAUACAUACUAUUACUUAUAUGUAUUAUGAUAUAAAAUUUUAUCCUAAGGAUAACAUCAUCAUUUUACGAUUCAUAAGGAAGUUUGAGAAGCUAAGUCGAAACAUUUCGAUAUAUAUCUCUCAUCUCGUUAAGAUAAUAAUUCGUUUCUAUCUUGUACCUUUGAAUGUAGGCAUUGUAAUUAUAAUGAAUACGAUUUUGUGCAUUACGUAAUUAAUAUUUGAUUAUUUCUUAACGUUGUAUUAACCUUAAUGUAAGAACCACUGUUGAAAUUAUUCACGCCUCCGCUACGUGCGGGGUCACUUCGUACUUAGAUCUAUUUCAAGUUUUAAUCAAGUAUAAACGAUAAAUUUUCGAACAUAAAAUGCAUCAUACUUUCGCAAUAUAGACAAUGUAAUAAACUAAAGACAGGUAUUUUAAGAAACAUCAAAACGAUCAGAGUCGUGGUAAUAGAGUAAAAUAUGAAGUCAAUUCAUUAAUACAUAUUCGUUAGGACAUAUUCGAUGACCACUGUCUAUUCGGCAACAGCACUGGGCGGCAUGCGCACGCGCCGGUACCGCCCGCCACGGGCAGACCGCGCGUGCGUGUGCGCCCGUCUCGACACAUGAGCACUCGGUUGCAAUCAUUCGUUAUUUAUUAUUAUUACUCAUUACAUCAAUUACAUUAAUAUUAUUAUAAAUUUAGAUAUUAAAUUUUAGGUAAUAAUAAUGAACAAUCUUUUAAAUGCUAUUAUUAUAUAAAUACGUUAUAAAUAUAAAUGUUUCCUGUUACAAAAUAUUGAAAAUGAUACGAAAUUAAUCAAUAUUCUUUUUAAAGGUAAUUUAUUAUUAUUACUUAUGGGUACGUAGUUAAUUGAAUAAAGGAUGUUUAACGGGGCGCGCCGGCCGCGAGCGGCUCGGCGGCGCGCUCGCUUCGCGUUUUUGUUUGCAGACAUGUUCGCUAGUCGCUCCACAGAACGUUGCGUGAGCUCGGAGCUCCGGCGCACGGCCCAGGCCAGCCUAGCUGUGUCGCCGAUCAGGAAACGCGACCGCAAUUAUGUUGUUAAUCGUUAGCUAGGAAAUUGAUAAUAAAACGAAGGUGUGAGUCUAUUAUAGGACCGUCGGAAAACGAUAUCAUACCAAACAAAUUAACGUAAUCAUUUGUUUUAUAUUUACGGUGUUGUAGGUAUUUAAGACAUUUUUUCUUAGAAUAUUUAAUUAUUAUGAAUUAUGAUGAAAUGUUAUAUUGUUAGGUCCGGGCCGGCGGCGGUGCGAUGCGCGCGCUCCGUUCCACCGUCGGCUUCUUCAUUCACUCUUACAUCCUCACUAUAAUUAUAUUUUCUUACCGACCUUUUUAAUGUAGGAGAAGCGUACACGGCCGCUUAUCCCCGUGCGAGUUCGAGUACAAACAUACUUAAUUAUUAUAGUGAGUGACGUUCGUUUCGCCCGUUCGUGAGAAGCCAUCGGUUCGCCGCGAUUGCACGAGACGAUUUAAGACAAAUACUAUUGUAUAUACAUAGAUAGCCGCAUGUAAAAAGACUUAGUCGAUACCAUCUGAUCGAUAUUAUUAGACUCAUUCGAGCCGUAAUCAGGAUUAGCUUGACGAAGAUAUUAGUUUCAUUAUUUUUAUGGUUCUUUAAGUUUUUGUAAGUUCCUUAGAGGUUAGAUCGAGCACUGGUCAUAACAUUAUCGCAUUCGAGAAUGGUUACCAUAUUGCAGUUGCGUCGAGAAAAGAGAGAGUGCCUAAUAAUAUUAUGACCGGUGUGUAGAGCUAAAUUGCCGCGGUUCGGCUUGCGAGUAAUCUUCUGUGCCGAGAUGAAAUCCCUCUGGUGAAUUUCUAAAACACCAAACAUGUUUGAUUACUCACAAACCCAACAACGACCGCUUCCUCUCGCUAUUGACAUUCGCGUUAGUUGAUUUCUUUCAGUCGCCAUUUUAGAGAUGUGUUCUAUAUCAAGGUAAAGACUACGUAAUAAUAAAUAAGCGAGAUCUCAAAUUAAUUUUAAAAAUUCUUUAUGUGAUUCUAAUAUCGUAUAAUAUCCAUCUAUAUAUAAAAUUAAUUAAAAAGAUAAUUUAUUCUAUUUUGUAUAAUACCUUUCUACAUUAAUUUACACUCUACUUAUAUUGUUAUUAAAGAUAAUAAUUAAUUUUAAAGGAAUAAAGUGACAGACUGGUAAUGUUCGUAGAGUCGCCGUGGCGGCCUUAGACAGUAGCUUUGCAUACUCGGCAAUGGCCAACUUAAUGUUCAAGGACCAAACGUAUAAAAUAUAUUCGCGUAGAACCGGACGCGCAUUGGCUCCACACGAACCGAUUCAAACUGUUCGGUAUCAUUGCAGCAUCAGAGCGUGUCUGUGAGAGUUGCGUUUGAGAAUUAAAGGCGGGCUUAGGCGACGCGCGCUGUGACGUCACGGACCAUCCGUGCCCGCUGACUUUGCGUCAAUCGAUUGCUACGUCACGAUCUUCAGCUGUAUUGAACGACAAACACCCCUUCUUUAGAUACUCUUAAUUUAGUUAUUUCAAUUCAUAGAUAAAUAAUUUACUGACAAGAAAGGAAUGAGAAUCGAUUCACAAGAAGUACGCGACACGCCUGCGGAAGGCGUCCGCGUCGGCCAGGGCGGCGCACGUGACGUCACGCCGCGCCACCGGCGCUCGCGCCUCUACCCCGGCAUCCCUCCCCGCCCCGCGCAACGCCGCCCGCUUCAUUUCGUUCUCGCGGUUACUUCUCGAUUACGUGCUUCGCGUGCUGACUGAUUUUCUAUAGCAAUAAAAAUCAAUUACCUAAGAUUUUACAUUAACGUAAAUUUGGAUUUAUAUACGUUCGAAUUUGGUGUCAUGUACAUUUAAAUUAGGAAAGAAGUUAAUGAUAGAGCGGACGAGCCGCGCUCUCGUCGCGGUUCCGAUGCGUUAUUUUCGUCAUUUCUUCGUGUAUAGUAUGUUACAAUGAAUCUGUAUACAAUAUGGAUAUAAAUCGUAUGAUGAAUAAAUUAGUUUUUAUGGCAUCUCUUUAUUAAUAAUGAUAAUAUCAAACAUUUUGUAAAAAGCGGUGGGUAUGUCCACCGCCCCGAUUUCGUGCACCCGUGCACUUUAACUUAUUGGAAUAUUACAUUAUUAUAACGUACAUAAUACUAUGAGAUAUAUAAUCAUACAGCCUCUCGGGGCGCGCGUGUAUGGCGAUGUAUGUAUACACAUUGUGCAAUGUACAUAUACCUAUUAUAAUACAAUGAUUUAAGACAAGGUUCACAUCGUGCCGUGUGUAUGUGGUAAUAAUAAAUAUAAUAUGGACAUUGUUCAAACA